AUGCCAUUACAAAUCUUAUUCAUAUUUCUUCUAACUCCUACAUUAGCCUUGAAUCUUCUUGAUUUAUGUCAAUCAGGAAUUCGUGAUGAUGGUUCAAGUUAUGUUCAUUGUGCACGAAAAUCACUUUCAGAAAUCCCAGACUUUUCAUCUCAUCGUUUAUUUAAUUUAGCAUUCGAUGAACUUAUUCUAUCCGAUAAUGCGAUAACACAUAUACACGCAAAUGCAUUUCAGAGUUUACGUAUUAAACGUUUAAUUAUGUCGGGCAAUCGUUUAAAAUCUAUCGAUAAAAAUGCAUUUCGUGAAUUAGAAAAUUAUCUUGAACAAUUAACAUUAGAAUUUGAUUCAUCAAUUGUUGAUACAAUACCAGAAGCAAUUAAAACGAACUUAGCUAACAUAAGAAGUUUAACAUUAACUGGUUUAAAUUUACGAAUAUUAUCAAUAAAUACAUUUGAACAAAUGAAAAAAUUAGAAAUUUUAUCAUUAAAAUCCUGUAAUUUACAAGCAAUUGAAAAUAAUGCAUUUCAAUCGAUUGAAAAACAAUUACGACAUUUAUAUCUUGAUCAUAAUCAAUUUGAUAAUCGUAUAUCAUUAGUAAUAAAUCAUUUAAUAACACUGGAAACAUUAUCAUUAUCGCAUAACCGCAUCAACCAAUAUGAAACAAAUGUAAAUAAUAAAAAUCUUCGAUAUUUAGAUUUAUCAUAUAAUGGUCUAAUGAAAUUAACAAUAACAAAUAUGACUAGUUUACAAAUCUUAAAUGUACAAAAUAAUCUUUUAACAUCAGAAAAUAUUAAUGGUUUAAUACCAAAUCAAUUGAAAGAAUUAAUACUUGAUUUUAAUUCCAUAAGAAUAUUUAAUAAAAAUUUAAUAACACCAAAUAAUUCAUUAGAAACUUUAUCAUUACAAAGUAAUGAUUUUUUAUUAAAUAAUUCAAAUACUUUUCAACAUUUAUAUAAACUUAAACGAUUGAAUUUAGCAAGAAAUAACAUCAAAACAAUACCGAAAGGUUUAUUCAAAUUCACUCGUUCACUUGAACAUUUAAACAUGGAUCGUAAUCCUUUACUACCAUUGUCGACCGAUACAUUUUCUGGUAUUGAAUCAUCAUUACGUAAUAUAAGUUUUCAAUCAUGUUCAUUAACAUCAAAUUCUCUACCGGCAUUUGCUCGUUUAAUAAAUCUUGAACGUUUAAAACUUCAAUCAAAUUUAUUAACUGAAAUCAAACCAGAUAAUUUAUUUUCAUUAAUGUCACAACUAAUUGCGAUUGAUUUACAACGUAAUCAAUUAACAGAAAUACCUUCAGCAUAUCCAUUAACAUUACGUGAAUUUGAAUUAGGUAAUAAUCGUUUAACAACAUUGCCAUUUAAUAAUGAAACAUUCAAUAAACUCUCACAACUUAUUACACUCGAUCUUAGCUCAAAUCCACUCCAAUGUGAUUGUCACAUUAAACCAUUAUAUCAUUGGUUAUUAACACACUAUCAAUCUGAACUUGUUCCCUACGUUCAAUGGAUAUGUGCACAACCAAAAGAACUUUCUAGUAAACAAAUCGGUUCUUUAGAAGAACAUGAAUUUCAAUGUGAACAUAUUUCAAUUGUAACAACAAGUACAGUAACGACAACAAAUGUUCCUGAGUUAACAACUGAAUAUGAAAUGAUUUCAUCAUUUAAUGCAUGGCUAAAAGAUUCUGAAACAGCUAUUCUGGAAUGGUCUUAUAUAUCAUCUCCAUUAAAAUUAAUGGUCUAUGAAAAUGGUUAUAAAUUACCCAUACUUUAUUUAAAUUCCAGUGAAAAUUAUUUUCUACUUGAAAAAUUAAAAUCUUCAACAAAUUAUUCUCUAUGCCUUCAAAUUCAUGAACAAUCAUUAUGUCGAAAUUUAAUUACGCCAACUAAGCAAGAAAUCAAAUUUGAACAAAAAGUGUUAUCUUUAUCGUCAUCAUCAUCAUCAAAAUCUAUUGAAAAAUCAUUCCUGAAUGAUAUGCAAUAUUUAAUAACUGGCGUUGCGUGUGGCAUUGUUUUUGUUUUGCUCAUACUUUUAUUAGUUGUUAUUUUUAUUAUAAAACAACGUGAUAAAUUUCUUCAUAAUUCAUCAAAAACAAUUGCCACAGAUUCAUAUUAUCAAACAACUGGGUCAGAUACAACACAAAUAGGUGGACUAUGUUCGAUAGAAGAACGUUCAAUCAAUGGGAGUACGAAUCAACAAUCAGCAUCGACAAUAACGCCGAUGUUUUAUUAUUGUCGUUCGCCACUACAAUCAAAUUGUUGUCAAGAACAGCAACCCUAUCAUUUCUAUCAUGAAAUUCCAUUCACAACGUCAUUGAAUCAUUUAAAUCCGCCGAAAUGUCUUUGUAGACCACCGAUUAUUAUUUAA